UGCGCUUAUAUGAUUGAAGCUUUACAUAACACCUGUUGUUGCUCAUUUUUAUUCUACAUCAUAUGGCAUCAUAUAAAUAAAUACUUCAAGGAUAAAGAUUCAAGUAGCCAAAGCUAUUCAACUAAAAGCUAUUUUAAGAAAACUGUAUCCUUCACAGCAUUAUCCCGAAUGAAACAUAUGAUAAUGUUUAAGUGCUAUGGUGUUAUAGAGAACUAAAGUUCAAUCAGAUGUGAAAUGAUUGAGUUUGGUCAAAAUAAGGAAGAAAAGUUUUUGUUAAAAUUCCAUUCCCAGAAGAUGAUUUGUCGUAUGAGAAAAGUCCUGUGUCAUGAAAAUAAAGAAGAUGUGAUCGAAUUCUUGAUCUUAAGGAGUCGUUCACAAAUUAAUGAUUCCUCAAAAAAUCAGUCCCAAUAUUUUUUUUAAAUAGAAAUAUUUGGAUUGUUGUGUUAUUUUUUCCCUUAUAGUCACGAUUCAGGAUCGUGAGGAUGCAUUAUUAUUUUAAUUAAUAAGCUUCACGUUUCAGUUUCCUUUUGGCCUAGCCCAACAAAUUAUAUUCAGAUUUUAUCACAAACAAUGCUCUUUUGUUCCGUGAAUAUAGAUCGAAAU